CUUUGGCACGCUUGACGGGCGGUGGACUGCGAUUGGCUGCCUUGUCUCCGUGCCUCCUGCUGUUGUUCUGAUCAGAUCAAGAUGGCUGCUGUUGUCGGGGAUGGAGAGUGAGCUCAGGCUGACAUCCGAACACAGGCCGAGGACACGCGCACCGACCCGCUGAUCUACGGGAGCCAAACCCCGGACCCGGACCGCCCGAACUCACUCUGAUUCUCCGUUGAAGCAGGGGGCGCCGUGAGAGACCGCAGACAUGGACACUACCACGUCCAUCAAGAUGACCACGUUGGCCAUCCAGAACCUGUUCAGCUACGUGGAGGAGGAGAACCUGUCCGCCCUGAAGGCUCACCUGGAUCGCUUCAAGGAAGUGGAUGGACGCAGUGACAAUGGUCAGACUCCUCUGAUGCUGGCGGCCGAGCAGGGCAGUCUGGAGAUCGUCCAGGAGCUCAUCAGGAGAGGAGCCAAUGUCAACCUGGAUGAUGUGGACUGCUGGUCGGCUCUGAUCUCCGCAGCCAAGGAGGGUCACGUGGAGGUGGUGAAGGAGCUGCUGGAGAACAGCGCCUACAUCGAGCACAGGGAUAUGGGCGGCUGGACAGCUCUCACAUGGGCUGCUUAUAAAGGUCGCGUGGAGGUUGCAAAACUGCUGCUGGAACACGGGGCCAACCCCAACACUACAGGACAGCAGUACAGUGUGUAUCCGAUCAUCUGGGCCGCAGGUCGAGGACAUGCUGACAUCGUGAAGCUGCUCCUGCAAAAUGGAGCCAAAGUCAACUGUUCAGACAAGUACGGGACCACCCCUCUGAUCUGGGCGGCGAGGAAAGGACACUUUGACUGCGUGAUGCACCUGCUGGAGAACGGUGCUGACGUUGACCAGGAGGGGGCGAACUCGAUGACAGCACUGAUCGUGGCGGUGAGGGGCGGGUACACGGAGGUGGUGAAGGAGCUGCUGAAGAGGAACCCCAACGUCAACAUGACCGACAAGGACGGGAAUACGGCACUGAUGAUCGCCGCCAAGGAGGGCUACACCGAGAUCGUCCAGGAUCUGCUGGAUGCCGGCACCUAUGUAAACAUCCCUGACCGGAGCGGCGAUACGGUACUGAUCGGAGCCGUGAGGGGCGGGCACGUGGAGAUCGUCAGAGCUCUGCUGCACAAAUACGCUGACAUCGACAUCAGAGGGCAGGAGAAUAAGACGGCUCUUUACUGGGCCGUGGAGAAAGGAAACGCCACCAUGGUGAGAGACAUCCUGCAGUGUAACCCCGACACAGAGACCUGCACCAAGGAUGGAGAGACUCCGCUGAUCAAAGCCACAAAGAUGAGGAACAUCGAGAUCGUGGAGCUACUACUUGACAAAGGAGCAAAGGUGUCUGCUGUGGACAAGAAAGGGGACACUCCUCUCCACAUUGCCAUCCGGGGGCGGAGCCGGCGCCUGGCCGAGCUCCUCCUCAGGAACCCCAAAGAUGGUCGCCUGCUGUACCGCCCCAACAAGGCUGGAGAGACGCCGUACAACGUUGACUGCAGCCACCAGAAAAGCAUCCUGACGCAGAUUUUUGGAGCACGUCACCUGUCGCCCUCGGAAACGGACGGUGACAUGCUGGGCUACGAUCUGUACAGCUCGGCGCUCGCCGACAUCCUGAGCGAGCCCACCAUGCAGCCGCCCAUCUGUGUGGGUCUGUACGCUCAGUGGGGCAGCGGCAAGUCCUUCCUGCUCAAGAAGCUGGAGGAUGAGAUGAAGACUUUUGCUGGGCAGCAGAUUGAGCCGCUGUUUCAGUUCUCCUGGCUCGUUGUCUUCUUGUCCUUGCUGCUCUGUGGCUCCAUCGCCAUCAUCCUCGGCUUCAGUGUGGACCCCAAGCUCGCCAUGGCGGUCUCCCUCAGCCUGCUUGCCCUGCUUUACCUCUUCUUUGUGGUGGUGUACUUUGGCGGCCGGAGGGAGGGAGAUAACUGGACGUGGGCGUGGCUGCUGAGCACCCGCCUGGCGCGGCACAUCGGGUACCUGGAGCUGCUGUUGAAGCUGAUGUUCGUGAACCCGCCGGAGCUUCCGGAGCAGAGCACACGAGCGCUGCCCGUCAGGUUCCUGUUCACAGACUAUAACCGGCUGUCCAGCGUUGGAGGAGAAACAUCGAUGGCCGAGAUGAUCGCCACGCUGUCGGACGCCUGCGAGCGAGAGUUCGGCUUCCUCGCCACACGACUCUUUAGAGUGUUUAAGACCGAGGAGACGCAAGGUAAGAGGAAGUGGAAGAAGACAUGCUGCGUGCCGUCCUUCAUCCUCUUCACCGUCGUGCUGGCCUGUCUCGUCACCGGCAUGGCGCUGUUGGCCGUCUUCAAGGUGGAUGGCGAGAACCGGACAGUGAACGCGGUGCUGAUCGCCAUCGGCAGCGUGGUUGGCCUUGCUCUGCUGCUCAACUGCAGGACGUGGUGGCAGGUGACCGACUCGGUGCUGAACUCGCAGAGGAAGAGGCUCCACAGUGCCGCCAACAGGAUGCACAAGCUGAAGAGCGAGGGCUUCAUGAAGGUCCUGAAGCACGAGGUGGAGCUGAUGGCAAGGAUGGCGAAGACGAUCGACGGGUUCACGCAGCACCAGACGAGGCUGGCGGUGGUCAUUGAUGGGCUGGACUCCUGCGAACAGGACAAAGUUCUGCAGAUGCUCGACACGGUGCGUGUGCUGUUCUCCAAAGGGCCCUUCAUCUCCAUCUUUGCCAGUGACCCGCACAUCAUCAUCAAGGCCAUCAACCAGAACCUGAACAGCGUCCUACGCGACUCCAACAUCAACGGGCACGACUACAUGAGGAACAUCGUGCACCUGCCUGUCUUUCUCAACAGCAGGGGCCUCUCCAGCGCCAGGAAGAUGUGCACUGCCACGCCCACCAACGGAGACGUCACCACCGCCGAUGCAGGGUGGCAUGAGGAGCUAGACAGGAAGCUGUCUCAGCACAGUCUGGGAGAAUUAACCAAGUUUGGCAGCAAGACGACGCUCAACCGUCGGGAAACGUACCGGCGCCGCCAGGUGCAGCGCUCGGUGACGCGUCAGAUGUCGUUCGACCUGACGAAGCUGAUGGUGACGGAGGAUUGGUUCAGCGACAUCAGCCCACAGACGAUGAGGAGGCUGCUGAACAUUGUCUCCGUCACAGGCCGUCUGCUACGAGCCAAUCAGAUCAGCUUUAACUGGGACCGCCUGGCGUCGUGGAUCAACCUGACGGAGCAGUGGCCCUACAGGACGUCCUGGCUCAUCCUGUACCUGGAGGAGACCGACGGAGUCCCUGACCAUGCCACGCUCAAGACCAUCUAUGAGAGAGUGUCUAAGAACAUCCCAACCACAAAGGACGUGGAGCCGCUGCUGGAGAUCGACGGAGACGUGCGCAGCUUCGAGGUCUUCCUGUCAUCACGGACACCUGUCCUUACAGCGAGGGACAUUCGCACCUUCCUGCCUUGCACCGUCAACCUGGACCCCAAACUCCGUGAAAUCAUUGCAGAUGUUCGCGCUGCCCGUGAGCAGAUGAACAUGGGUGGAGUCACGUACCCACCCCUGCCCCUGCAGGAAGCUCAGCCCCGCCCCACAUCAGUCUACAGUCAGGUGUCGUCGACGUGCUCGCCCUCUGCGUCCUUCACCGGGCCUUUCAACCCACCGGCGGGGGGCGUGGUCUCCCCGCCACCUCACAGCAGCUACUACAGCGGCAUGGCCAGCACACAGCAUCCCUUCUACAACAGACCAUAUUUUCCCCACCACCUUUACCAGCUGCCACGCCCACUCGUGGCUUCCUUCCCACCACACCUCCAUCCACGACCACCUCCUAAAAGCUCCUUCAGCAGGGAUGCCGCUGCUCCCGCCGCUCCUUCUAAGAGUUCUUCUUUGAAAAGGAAGCAGGGCUCCGCCUCCGUUGCGUCUGCCACUCCGCCCGUCCUCCUAAGCUCCAUGACCACAGAGGCUGUCUGUGAGCGCGUGCGGCAUAUGGAAGGCAUCGACCAGAGCAUGAUAGGACAGUACACCGCCACCAUCAGGAAGGCAAACGUUAACGGCAGAGUUCUGUCUCAGUGUAACAUCGACGAGCUGAAGAAGGAAAUGAACAUGAACUUUGGAGACUGGCAGCUCUUCAGGGCAACGGUUUUGGACAUGCGUCACAUUGAGAGCCAGGUGCUACAUGAGGAAACUGCCAGCGAGCAAGGUAGCGUCAUUGGCGGUCACAUCGAGCCAGUAAGGCGAGUGAUGGCUCCACCCCACGCUGGCGCCCCGAACACGGAUGCAUCACCAAUGUACAGCUUCAACCUGAGCUUCGAGGAGCUGAGUACGGUGGGACUGGAUGACCCGCAGCGACACGGAAACAUGCCGUGGAUGGGUGGCGCUCACAGAACCGCCAGCAUGACCAGUCUGAACUCGCAGGAGUCCUCCAAUGACAUCUCCAAGCUGACGGACAAGCAGCAGGCAGAGUACCGCGAUGCCUACCAGGAAUACAUCGCCCAGAUGGCCCAGCUGGAGUUGGGCGUCAUCACUGGGGAGAAGCCCAUCCAACCACAACCGGGACAGUUCAUGACAUCAUCAUCUGAGGAUAAGAGCAAGGAUGGCACCGAGCAGGAUGGACGCAAAUCCUUCAACAAGAGGAGCAGCAGCAAACCGGCAGCGGACAACACUGACUUUGCUUCCAAUGGUGAGGCGCUAGAUCCCAUCAGAGAAGAAGACGAGAAGGGUGACCACGGGUCUUCCAAGUCAGUGCUCACCCGCAAGUCCUCAGCUGAAAGAGGCGGGCUGUUCCAGGGCGCUGCUGAUCUCAAGCUGAAGGCCAGUGGUGGGUUGCGCUACCAGAAGCUGACCAGCGAUGACGAGGAGUCUGAAGAGUCGGAUCACGCCCCCCUGCUGAAAGAUGGCAAGAAGGUGGUGGACCCCAAACUGCCCGGCGGUUCACUGGCGCUGAAAGGGAAGGACUACCUCUCUGAUGCCAUGCUGGACAAGAAAGACUCGUCUGACUCUGGCGUGAGGUCCAAUGAGAGCUCGCCCAACCACUCGCUGCAGGACGAGGAGGCGGACCUGUCGCAGCUGGACAGGGCCAACCUGAUUGAGCUGAAUGAAGAGAGCCUAGCCCGGAAGCGUGGCCUUCCCAGCAGCCUCAGCGGCCUGCAGGACCCGGCGGUGGCGCGCAUGUCCAUCUGCUCCGAGGAUCAGUGCAGCCUGCUGGCGAGCAGCCCGGAGGAGAGUUGGCCGUCGUCCAGGAGCUACAACCUGAACCGCACGCCAAGCAAUGUCACCCUCAACAACAACACCAAUGCCCAGCAGGCCAACCGCGCCCGCCAGCCCCCAGAGGGCUCCACCUCCUCCAACCCCUCCUCCUCCACCUCCUCCACCAGCGAGGUCAUCAUCCCCCCGAGCUCCGGGACCACCACAACCACCACAACUUCUACUCGGCCGGGGCCAAACAACGAGAACGUCAGAGUGGUUCACUUGAAGCGUGGCCUGAAGCCCGGAGACCCGCCGGAGAUCUGCACUGUGUCCUCCGACACUGUCACCUUCGGCGAGGAGCGUGAGAGCAUCCUGUGACCUCACAGCGAGGAGGGGAAGAGCGCCAAGGGUCCACUGAGAGUCGCCUUUCAACUUCUGCAACCAAUCAGGACUCUAGAAUGGUUUGACGAGUUUGACGAAGAAAAAAAACAUUUGAUCAGUGAAAAAGAAAAAAAGCUCAAUUUGACUGAAAAAUUAUCAAAAAUCUGAAAUUAGGAAGAAAAAAUAUGUUUAGAAGUUUUGGACUUUAAAUCUGAGCAGAAGAAGAAGAGUGGCUGCUGGAGGACCUCAAUUUCAGUGUUAAUGGUAGAUGUUUGUGCAUGCUCACCUGUAGUCCGUAGGUAACAUGAAGCUUCGUAGAGACGUAACGUGAAGCUGCUGCAUGUCGUUAUUGUCCUGCUCUGAUGUGAUUGGGCGCUUCCGGCCUGUUUACAUCGUGACAGAGUUCAUUAUUGAUGCUUAUCGUUCACGCCCCUGAAAGCGAUCGCCACUGACAUCGCAUCCAAUUGCUUAACAGCGAGAGAGGUGACUUCCUGCUGUCAGAACACCACAAACUAAUUGGCCAAUUAGAGACAGACACCUAACCUAUUUAGGGUCAAACCAGCCAAUGGGAAUGAUCUGGUGUUUCAUCAGUUAGAGCAAGGUUUCCAUGGUGAUACAAAUCACCAGCUUCCUGUGAGUCCAGAAACAUCAGCAGAGCUUCCUGAUUGUUUAGUAGAAUAUCCUUCAAGGACCAAUCAGGAGAAAGAGUUGGAACAACACCUGCUCUAACUGAUCAAACAGUGAACUAGCACCCUGAGAAAUUACCUGGACAGGUGAGCGCAGACUUCCACUUCGCCCCCUGGUGAUAUUCAGCAUUACAAAUGGGUUAUUUACCCAUUGCUGAGGUGUACUGCAGUCAGUUAUAAUCAGAAAAAAACCUUGUUAACUAUUUUGCAAUGAUCUUCGUGAACGAGUAUUUAAUCGGCUUUUUGUGUUUGGUGUCACACUGACGUGGUGCUCUUACAGUGAAGUGAAUCUGUGAUCAUGUCGUUUGGUCUGAAAAUCUUUGAAAUCAUGGAUGAGUUUAACGUCCUCCAAUCAUCAGGAAAAAAAUUCUGACCAAUCAGCAGUGAACGUGAGCUUUGUCGGACAUUUAUGAACGACAGGAAAUGAAAAUGAAGAUACCAAAAUUAUCCAGAUAUCUUAAGAUUUCAGAAUAAAAUAACAAAAAUAAAUGUUUCCUUCAAAAUAAAUAAUGAAUAAUAUAGCUGUUUUCAGUGUUAGAUUCUAAAAGCAUGUUUCUGUAACGCUGUCGUUUGUGUCUCGCGCUCUCAGUGAUCAUGUGACCUGUCUCAGGACGAAGUUAAUGGAAAAAAUGUUUCUGUGAACUAAAAAUAAAAAACCUGCAUGUUGAAAGUA